AUGUCCGCCCCCGCUAUCGACCUUAAGAAGCCCGAGCCCAAGCCCGAGGAGCCCCAGGAGGAGCAGGGCCUCACCAACGACGUGAUCACCAAGUACACGACCGCUGGCCAGGCUCUUAACACCGUCCUUAAGAAGCUCGUUCCCGAGAUCCAGCCCGGCAAGAAGGUCCUUGACCUCUGUGUCGAGGGUGACAAGCUUGUCUCCGAGGCUACCGCCUCGCUCUACAACAAGGCCAAGAACGGUGUCAAGGUCCCCAAGGGCUCUGCUUUCCCCACCUGUAUCUCGGUCAACAACAUCGUCUCGCACGUCUCCCCCCUUCACUCUGACCCCGAGAUCGUCCUCAAGGACGGCGACGUUGUCAAGGUCCAGGUCGGUAUCCAGAUCGACGGCUACGCUGUCACCCACGCCGAGACCAUCAUCCUUGGCAAGGCCGACCCCGUCGCUGCCGAUGUCGUGAAGGCUGCCUACGACGCCGCUCAGGCCGCCAUGCGCGCCGUCAAGGCCGGCAACAAGAACUGGGACGUCACCGAGAUUGUUGACAAGGUCGCCAAGGAGUACGACUGCGUCCCCGUCCAGGGCAUGCUCUCGUGCCAGCACGAGCAGAACGUCACCGACGGCAAGAAGCGCAUCCUCCUCAACCCCUCGCCCGAGCUCCGCCGUGACCACGACACCGUCACCUUCGAGGAGGGUGAGGUCUACGGUGUCGACGUUCUCGUCGUCUCCGGCUCUGACCCCAAGGCCCGCCCCGACGAGUCGCGUACCUCUGUCUAUAAGCGCGCCAACGACGUCAACUACCAGCUCAAGAUGAAGACCUCGCGUGCCACCUUCUCUGAGAUCCAGAAGAAGUCUGGUGCCUUCCCCUUCACCCUCCGUGCCCUCGACGACGAGAAGCGCUCGCGCAUGGGUGUCCAGGAGGCUGUUGCCCACGCCAGCGACAAGGUCAAGUCCGACAAGUCGAUCAAGGACGAGGAGCUCCAGAAGACGAUCUCUGCUCCCCUCCGUGCGUCCAAGAAGAAGAACAAGAAGGCCGCCGCCCCCGCUUCCUAA